AAAUUGAAAACAAAAACAUGGCAUGUGGCAGGCAAUCAUUUGCUGUCCCAGCGGUUCUGUUGCUUCGUUUGCCUCACUGUCACUGGUCCCUUCAAUGGCCGCACUCGUCAUGUGUCUCUCUCGUCUCCUUGAGCUGCCACUAUCAGGCUCGCUUUAUUCUCUUUCUAACUCACGCUCGUCGCGCUCUCGCUCUGCGAUAUAGCCGCUCACUCUCUGAGGCGAGCGAACUAUACUCAGAGGAAAGAAGCAGGCGAAAUGGAGAAAGCGCUGAUGAAAGUCGCGAGCUUUUCCAUCACGAAGAAAGCCAAAGCGGAGAUUUCCUCCAUGAGCGAUGACCUCUCUCGCUUUUCAAGCACAGUGGAGGAGAAGGCUAAGUGGCUCUUUGAAAAGCUGAAAGGCAAACCACCGAAAUCUCUACCCGAUCUCCUCCGCGAAUAUGGCCUACCCCAAGGCCUUUUUCCCAGGAACAUCAUAUGCUACGAGUUCGAUGAAUCAACAUCAAAGUUGAUUGUUCACCUUCCUUCCGCUUGUGAGAUCAGCUUCAAAGAUUCUUCAGUGCUGCGAUAUGCUAAGCGCGUCAAGUGCACUCUAUCAAGAGGGAAGUUGUCGGGAAUAGAAGGCAUGAAGACGAAGGUCCUGGUUUGGGUCAAAGUUACCCAAGUGGGUGUGGAAAGCUACAAGUCAGACAAGAUCUGCUUCAUGGCUGGUGUGAAGAAACUAAGAUCCAAGGAUGCUUACGAUAUGCCUCGUGAUUCUAUCAAGGUUGACGAGUUUUGAGGUCGGUACCGGAUCAUGUUGUCUUCCCGAUUCUUUCAGUUGGAACUCAUGUUUGGAAUUGCAAAGUUUGCGAGAUCUACAUAGUUGUUUAAACUCGACAAUGGUUGAACGUGUUACAUGAAUUAUGUUCUCAAAUACUGCAUCAGCAAAUGGUUCACUGAUCUACACCUAUCGGA